AGCCUCCCUCUCCAUGCUACCUUUGCUUGUCCUCCGUCGCUGGUGAAGCUGUCACCGAGGAGCAUAUGUCCAUGGCUUGCACGAAGGUGUGGAGAAGCACGAUGUACACACCCAGGAAGGUUCCUUUCCCCAUACUCCUCCAAGGGGUUGCUGUUACGGAUGUAUCAACAUGCCUAGGAUAAACAUCUCUUUCGUAUUAUGCACGUGUGCUCUUUUAGUGUUACAAAUGGGCCAAAACAAGCCCAAACAACCACUCACAUGGGCCGUUCACCCGAACAUGGCCGCCAGCGUAAUCGGCCAUUCGGUCCUAGCCAACCAAGCCAGUCCACUGCCCGUCUUCGCUUAAGCCUUUGCAACCUAACACCAACUACUCCCUCCGUCCAAAAAUCCGUCCAAAAAAUAAAGAAUAAAUCCACUUUGGCUGCCUUACUAGUGGCUAAAUCUGAUUCGUAUCCUCGGACUACAAUACCAGAUAUCUUCACCUCCAAUUAUUAAAACCAAUGUAUUUUGACACCUUCGACGGUUUUAAAUGACGGUUUCACUAAUGUGGUGGUGUUGACCUGGUUUCGUCCAACAUGGUAUUGAUGUGGCGCUUGUGGCAUUAGAAUAAAAAAAUAUGAGGGACCCAUUUAUCAUUAAAAAAAUAUUGUGGGGCCCACAUAUCUUUCUCUCCUUCAGCAAGGUGGGUGGCGUCAUGACUUGAAGGGAGAGGCGGAAGGGAGCGAGACAGAGCGACUGCGCCAGCACCUCCUACCAAUGUUGCCAGUGAAGAGACAAGUGAGGAGAGAGACAAAAGAUAAGGAAAAAAGGAGGAGUCAUAGACAUGCUGAACCCACACGUUGAGUCAGCCGAUCAAACUAAAUCAAAGUGCCACGUCAGCGAAACCGCUCUCUAAAACCAUUUAGGGAUUCAAAUUACACUGGUUUUAAUAAAUUGAAAGGUCGAGAUAUCCAAUAUUGCGGUUCAGAGAUAUGGAUCAGAUUGGAGCUAUAACUGAGGAUAGGUUGGGUUUGAGCGAACUUAUUUUUUAGGGUGUUUGGUUUGGCUGUUUGGGCCUUGAGAACAAUUGCGAUGGGAUGAUUUCUAAAAAGCAACAUUUCCUUUAGAUCUCGGUUAGCUUCAUGAAAAAAUGGUGGACCAAUCCAACUUAAUAGUACUUCCUUUUCUCUUAUUGACAUGCCGGUCACACCCUUCAAACUCUUAGAGCAUGUACAAUGGUCUUUAUUAGUGGUCUCUCUAUUGCCAUGCAAGUAAAUUUGAUGAUAUGGAAGAAAGAGAAAAGAAUAUGGUUGUUAUGCAUGACAACGGCUCAGAGUCGACUCAUAGCAUUUAUUAGAGCAAAUUUUGUUGCAUGAUGGUGAAAGAAAGGAAAGGAGAGUAAUAAAAAGUAUUUUGAUACAUUAAUGAUUAGAGACCAUAUUGUCUCUAACUGUUGUAGAAUGCUAGUCUCUAAAUAACGUAGAGCUCAUAUCUAACUCUAUCUUUGUACAUGCCCUUAAGAGAAAGAGCAUUUCGAUCCUUGUGCUAAAUACAUAGAUGAGACCAUCCUAUAAAUAAAACGAUGGAUUCUCACUUGAUUCCAAGCCAAACACACGCUUGUUUUAGAUUGAUUUAUUUGGAGACGGGGAGAAUAGACUCGAUCCACCAGCGCGGAACGCACCAACGGGCCAUCCGAUCCCGAUCACGCGGCUCACACCGCACGCGCCGACGCGCGGAGGCGCAGCCGACGCGGAUCCCAAAUAUCCCACCAACAUGACCAUGAGUCCAUGACACCCAUCCAUCCGCGGUCCAUCCGUCGUCACGCCGCGCCGCUCACAACCCCCGGCGCGAGCGCGACGCGAGCGGCGUGAUGGAGAGCACGCCGAUUCGGUGACGCAGCCACACCGCCAUGCCCAUGCCCAUGCCGCGCCCACGGGCAAACCGCCAACCACGCAAGCGCGUGUACUACUACCGAAGAAAAGAAGCAACCGCACGAGGAAAACACCGAAGGGGACGGCCGCGUGCGUGUGAUCGAUGAGCGGUGAGCCACACAGUGGCCGCGCACCGAUCGAUCGAUCAGCUGGGCCGGCCGCUGCGCUGGGGACGACGUACGCACUUGUCCUCAUCCAUCCCUGCAUCUGCAUGCUAUCUGCGUGACCGCGACACAGUGGAUGACAUGGCACCACCACUGACACUCCAGCUGAUGCCGGCCUAAGCUAGCUGUCGGCCCAGAAAGCGUGCCCAUCCCUCGUGUAUAUAGAGCUUGGCAGCAAUGCCUCUCCUGGUAACACUUCUCCCUGUGUACUGCACUGCACACUCUAGGCGGCUGAAGCGAACGACACCGGCGUCAAGAGUAUCAAGCACGGCCAUGGCGGCGGCGAACGGCGAUGCCAGCCAUGGCGCCAACGGCGGCAUUCAGAUUCAGUCCAAGGAGAUGAAGACGGCCAUCCACAGCAACGAUAGCCCCAAGACCCUCCUCAAGAGUGAAUCCCUCCACGAGUACAUGCUGAACACGAUGGUGUACCCGCGGGAGAACGAGUUCAUGCGCGAGCUCCGCCUCAUCACCAGCGAGCACACCUAUGGGUUCAUGUCGUCGCCGCCGGAGGAAGGGCAGCUGCUGUCGCUGCUGCUGAACCUGACAGGCGCCAAGAACACCAUCGAGGUGGGCGUGUUCACCGGCUGCUCCGUGCUCGCCACCGCGCUCGCCAUCCCGGACGACGGCAAGGUCGUCGCCAUCGACGUCAGCCGGGAGUACUUCGACCUCGGCCUCCCCGUCAUCAAGAAGGCCGGCGUCGCCCACAAGGUCGACUUCCGCGAGGGCGCCGCCAUGCCCAUCCUCGACAACCUCCUCGCCAACGAGGAGAACGAGGGGAAGUUCGACUUCGCGUUCGUGGACGCCGACAAGGGGAACUACGGCGAGUACCACGAGCGGCUGCUGCGGCUGGUGCGCGCCGGCGGCGUGCUGGCCUACGACAACACGCUCUGGGGCGGGUCCGUGGCGCUGGAGGACGACUCCGUGCUGGAGGAGUUCGACCAGGACAUCCGCCGCUCCAUCGUGGCCUUCAACGCCAAGAUCGCCGGCGACCCGCGCGUGGAGGCCGUGCAGCUCCCGGUCUCCGACGGCAUCACCCUCUGCCGCCGCCUCGUUUGA